CUGGUGGCGGUAGUGCGCCGCAAAGUUGACUCGUUAACUGCCAAUAAACCGGAAGUAAGGAGAAGAAGAAGAAAAACCGACGAAGAAGAAAAUCCACAGGCUGUUGUCGUUGCGGUCCUUUACUCCAAGACAACUCAAAAUGGCGGAUGAGGAGGACGAGGCUGGCUUCGAGGAGGAGAUGUUGGAGGACGGCUCCAGUGGCGGAGUUGAUGUCGGCCACGGCAGGAGGAAGAGGCUCUUCUCCAAGGAGCUCCGCUGCAUGAUGUACGGGUUUGGAGACGACCAGAACCCGUACACCGAGUCCGUCGAUAUCCUGGAGGACUUGGUGAUCGAGUUUAUCACGGAAAUGACCCACAAGUCCAUGUCUAUCGGACGCCAGGGCCGCGUCCAGGUGGAGGACAUCGUGUUUCUGAUUCGCAAAGAUCCCAGGAAGUUUGCGCGAGUCAAAGACCUGCUGACCAUGAACGAGGAGCUGAAGAGAGCCAGGAAAGCUUUCGACGAGGCCAAUUACGGCUCCUAACUCACAACAGGAUGCCUGUCACACAUUUAGGAGGAGUGCUUCUUUUAAUCGACACAACUUGACCUCUCCUCACUAUUUUCUGUAUUUUAUUCCCACUUCAAAAGC